AUCGCCAAUUUGUUUGCUGUUUUUGUAAUUAAAAAAAAAAACAUUUUCAAAUAAAUUUCUCCAUUAUUUAAUGUAGGCCUGGAUCAAGUUUGGUAUUUUUAUUGUUAAAUUCUGUAGAAUUAUCUUCUUUCUAAAUGCCGGUGAUGAUCAUCAUCUGUGCAUGACAGAAUUAAAGAACAACAAUCCAACCCCCUUUUCAAUAAUUUGAAUUCAAUUCAACUUGUUGAAAUUUUGUUAUUUUUAUAAAACUUUGAAUCUUUCGAGCUGAUUUUACCAACUGGGUUCCUCUCAAAAUUUCGAAUUGUGGAUCCAAUUGAAUUGGUCUUCUUGUGUCCAUGGUGAUGAUCGGUUAAGGGUUCUUCAUCUUUUGAUUUGAAUCCGAUAAAGAUUUCACCUUUAUAUCGUAAAACGAUGAGGUUUCUGAGCCUCGUCGGAAACUCAUUCGGUUGCUCCGCGUCCGGCGAACGAUUAGUAUCUGCAGCCAGAGACGGCGAUUUACAAGAAGCCAAGGCUCUUCUUGAUUACAACCCGAGGCUCGCUCGCUACUCCACCUUCGGCGUUCGUAACUCUCCUCUCCAUUACUCCGCCGCUCAAGGCCACCACGAGAUAGUUUCUCUGUUGGUGGAAUCAGGUGUUGAUAUCAAUCUCCGGAACUACCGUGGACAGACGGCUUUGAUGCAAGCUUGUCAACAUGGUCAUUGGGAGGUUGUUCUGACUCUCAUUCUCUUUGGUGCUAAUAUUCACAGAUCAGAUUACCUAAACGGUGGCACUGCUCUGCAUCUCGCGGCUCUUAAUGGUCACCCUCGGUGUAUCAGGAUAUUGCUUUCCGAGUAUAUUCCAAGUGUCCCCAAUUGCUGGAGCUUGUUGAAGAGUAACAAGACCUCUGUUUCCGGAUUUGAUCGAAGUGUUCUUCAAGAAGUGAUAAACAGAGCAGCGGAUGGAGGAAUCACACCUCUUCAUGUGGCUGCUCUGAACGGACACAUAGAGACGGUGCAGUUACUCUUGGAUUUGGGAGCUUCCGUUACUCAGGUCACUGUGGAAGAUGGAACCACAAUAGAUCUUAUAGGUGCUGGGAGUACAGCUUUACAUUAUGCUUCAUGUGGAGGAAACACUCAGUGUUGCCAGCUUUUGAUCGGCAAGGGUGCCUCUUUGGCUGCCAUAAACUCUAACGGAUGGACGCCAUUGAUGGUUGCUCGCUCGUGGCACCGGGACUGGCUCGAAGAAACCGUGAACCCAACCACAGAGCAGCAGCCACAAAGCCAUCCACCAAAAGUCCCUUCUCCUUUCCUCUGCCUUCCUCUAAUGAGCAUUGUCAAGAUCGCUCAAGAAUGCGGCUGGCGAGAAAACGACUGUCUAACUCCAUGUCGUGAUCCUUGCGCCGUUUGCUUGGAAAGAAAAUGCACCGUAGCUGCAGAUGGAUGUGGUCAUGAGUUCUGCACGAACUGUGCGUUAUACCUAAGCACAACAACCAUAACAUCCUCAAAGACGACAUCACAAGCCACACCAGGCUCAGUCCCAUGCCCUCUCUGUCGCCACGGCAUUGCUUCUUUCACCAGACUUCCCGAUACAACAGCAAUAACAACAACAGUGACAUCAUCGAGAACAAGCAUCUCAUUGUCCUUCUGCACUUGCUCUUCAUCCUCUGAUGUAUUAGACACAGCUCUUCUUACCACCAACACUCAGUACAGCUGUAAUAAACCGGUGGUUUCAAGAACCGGUUCUCGAAUCUCGCAAUCCGUUGGAUCAUCAUCGUCAUUUCGGUCACUUGGCUGCCAUAGGUUUCCUCCAAGUCUCUGCCUCGGUGGCUCAGAUGUUGAUGAACCGCAGAGACGGUUAAUGAAUGGAUCGUAUUCAAGAUCCGGUUUAGGGUUCAGGCGGUCGGCGUCUCAGGUUGAAGGAAAACGUUCUUGGUUUUCUGCGUUUAACCAUUGUGUUACAGCCGGUGGAACUGCGUGCUAACGCAAACGCCAUUUUUUUCCCUUUUUUUUUGACAAAUCUUUACUCCUAUUUUUGAGGAGAAGAAAAUGUGCUAAUUGGUUCUGUGAAUGGUGGUGUGGUUAUUAUUUAUUUUGUAACAAUUGAAAAUGUUGUAAUAAAUAUAAUUAAUUUGGCUUUGCCGUUUACAUUGAAAUGGUGUGUAUAUGA